GUGAGAGCCGCCAAGGCAAGUCUUGAAGAACUUGGCGGUGCGGCCGCGCCGGGGCGGCUCUGCAAGGUGAGCGCUUUCUGUGAGAUCCUGGCGCGCUUUGCUUUAGAGAUCUUCAAGUUCUACGAAGAAGGUCAACAGUUCAUCUGGCAUCCGGACGCAAGCGACCCCAUGGGCAGCGUGGAGUUGCGGGAUGGGGUGCCCCUGAGCGUUUACGUUGAGGCAAAGACGGCCACAAACGAAGGUUCGGAUGCCGCAGCUCGCCUUGACCUCGCCCUCCUGAUCGACCUGGAUCCCGCCUUCCAUGCCCUCGGGGGCCAUGCCAGGGAGCAGCUCGAGGGGCUCCGUGCCUUGAAGGAGUUGGGCGGCCGUUGUCCCGAGAGACUCUUGGAAGCCGUGUGCGGCUGCUUCGGAGGUGACGACAAGGUCGCCGACGAAGCCCUGCACUGCAUCCGCGCGGCGCUCCAGCCCAGUGCCGACUUGGCGGCGCAGUUUCUGUUGGCAACUCCGUCUUUCAGCCAGUCUCCGCAGGCCGUCCAGGCGGCCCUCUUCCUCGGCCCCGAGGCUCCGGAAGUCUUGGCUGGCCUGGCAUCGGGCCUUUUGGCCGGGAACAGGAAGGCGUGCCUGGAAGCCUUCGAAGAACUCGCGCCGCGCCUGGCUCCAGCGCACGGCGUCCGAUGCUUGUUGGAGUCCCUGUUCCAGCGGGAGUCGGUGGAGUCGAUGGAGUGCAUCCCCCAG